UUUUACUUGUGUACAGUAGAUGAUAUAGAAAGUGUGGUGUUGCUGUGUUUUCUGUUUUGCUGUGAGUUUUCUUGUGUGAAAAGCGGGUGGAAAUUAGCCUUUUGAAGGACACGACAGUCCAUUGAUGCAAAAAUGGACAUGGAGUACAGUUCCUUCGACUACGAUGUCGAGAAUGAGGAUUUUUACGAAGUGAGUGUCCCGGCCAAAGGGCAGAACAAGAGGAGGGUUACCUUUAAACAACAAGCCUCGAUUAAGAGCGACGAUGUGGAUUUGGUCACUUUGGGAACGAUGAAAACGGAGCUGGUGGACGACAACGAUGAGGCCCAAACGCCCCAAUCGCUGUGCUCCAUCCAGAAGGUCCCUUCCAUCAGCGACCUGUCCGAUCCAGAGGCUUCACUCGAUAUACCGACCCAGGUGCCGCCACUGACGCCGGGUACGAACAAGACCAUGGCCGAGGCGCUGAAAGCGUCUUUCGCAUCGUGGGAAAAGGAACAAAUACGAUUAAACAUUACCAAAGAUCCGCGUCAAUGGACAGAGAACCACGUGGCCCACUGGCUGCAAUGGGCCGCGAAAGAAUUCUCCCUCGAAUGCAUCCCUUUGCAUCAGUUCCGGAUGAAGGGCAAAGACAUCUGCGCCAUGGGCAAAGACGCGUUUGCCGCUCGCGCUCCAGCGUUCGUCGGCGACAUCCUCUGGGAGCACUUGGAGUUGUUGCAAAAAGAUGUGGAGAAAGAACGCUCAUUGACGAACAAUGUUGUCCAAGGGAACAUUUACAGCCCGAUGUGCGUUCCAGAGUUGAAUUUUUUGGAUUAUCAGGGAUCGAUCCUUCCGGGAGAGGACCGGAAACCGAUCACGAUCACUCCGGCGAGCAACAGUACGCCCACCUCAACUGCUCCCACCAACAACAACUUCCUCCACGACGGUGGGUACGGUCAAUUGAGGAGUCCGGCGUGUCCCCCCGCCGACGAGAUCCGGGAGGAAGGCUCACCGCCACCGCCGGGACCUCCCUCGGGGUUCCUGCACAUACAAAGAAGUCCUGCCUACCACCAUCUAAAGGAUGGUUUCAAGAGUUCAUGUUCGCCGAACGAGUCUGGAAAUUUCGGCAGCGGAAUGGACAACCUACAAUCGAUGAACAGCGAAGAUCAAUCUCACCUCUUCCAAACGUCACAUUAUUCGCCCGAAGAACACGAAUACCAAGCUUUGGAGGCCGGCCACCAACCCCAAUACUUAGAAAGUUCGCCCGAAUUCUACGCUGCCAACAACCUCAUCGAGUCCAAGUAUCACCCGCACUCUUACGUCAAAAACUACGCCAGAGGUACGGGAAGGUAUACCGAUGGUUACGGCGACACAUAUGGUUCUCCCUACGACGGUACCCCUUUCCAGACCGUUCCCAGUGCUAACAAUGGCGCUCCAGACCAAUGGACCCACAAUCACGAUCUCGGUUCCAUAGCGCAUGCGCACACGCAUCCCGCGUUUUUAUCGGCCGGGAUGCAAGGGAGGGAUCCUAUCAAUCCACUGGGACCAGAUACCAAACCUAUGCUCCAAAAUGGGAUGAUCACGGGAUAUCCCAAUAGUGGGGCGCCGGGAGGUCCCUGCUUCACAGGUUCGGGUCCUAUCCAGUUAUGGCAAUUCCUACUCGAACUCCUAACGGACAAAUCCUGCCAAACGUUUAUAUCCUGGACCGGCGACGGCUGGGAAUUUAAACUAACAGAUCCUGACGAAGUGGCGCGACGCUGGGGCAUUCGCAAGAACAAGCCGAAGAUGAAUUACGAGAAGCUGUCGCGUGGUCUUCGAUACUACUACGACAAAAACAUUAUCCACAAGACUGCCGGGAAGCGUUACGUCUAUCGCUUCGUCUGCGACUUACAGACCUUGUUAGGUGGCCGUAUCGGUUUUAGGUAUAGUCCAGAGGAGCUGCACGCAAUGGUAGAUCUCAAGCCAGAGAAGAAGGAAGAUGACUGAUCCCAACUCGCGUCGCAUCCCUCGCCCUCCACACAAACUGGUGCCUAUCAAUCGGAAAACCAUCACUUAAUCAUUCAAAUUUCGUAAACUGCGUGUUGAACAAACGCCACCUGGCGACUGAACAUGUCAUUUGUGUUAAACACGCAGGCGCUAUUGCUCAUUUGCACAACCAAUCAGAAUCAACAACAAAAUUACGUGUGAUUUUAUUAAGUAAGAUAUAGAUAAUGUAUAAAGUUAAGAUAAUGUGCUCUCUUGAUUUAGCGAGGGUCAGCGCCACUGAUCGAGCUGUCUGUGUAAAUAUCAUUAUUGUGAUAAGUCUUUCAGAUCAGAUAGUUAUAUGUUUAUAUUUUUUCAAGUCCAGGCGGCGCCGCAAGCGCAUGGAAGAGACAAUAUAAUAAAUUUUUGCACAUUUGAUUACUGUUAAAACUUGCAAUAAGAUGUUUUUAAUGAUACGUUCUGAAUGUUAACAAGUUUUUUAUCGUGGUCUCAAACCUAAAGUAUAUUCUACUAUUAAGUUAUUAUUUAAAAAAAUAAUUAUAACACGUUGAUGCGGCGAAAAGUCUCAUUCAAGGAAUUCUUUUCACGCUGUAUUUUUUGUGUUAUCCAUACGUAUAACUAUGUAUUAAAUAGUGAUGUUUGAAUAAAAUAUUGGUUUUACCA